AUGGCCAGUUUUAAUGACAAAUCGAUUCACGAAAGUUAUACAUCUAACAUUUUAUCUGAUCAGGUGUAUGACAGCCUUCAUUGGGAUCAGACAUACAGUACAGACCCGGAUUACGCAAACAGUCGUUCAUUGAAUCAAACAGUUAAUAGUGACUCUAAUGCCGUUCAUUCCUAUGCGCUUUGUCAACAACCUUCCAGUCAAGUCUUUUUUCCUUCCGACAUUGGCCCUCUCAACAAUAAUAACGUUUACACGGAUGUAAAUGCACAGUUGAAUACCACGGCUUGCGGAUACGUUGAACAUAAUGAUGAAAUUAACAAUCCAAUCUCUCCGACAGACUAUAAUUUGACUGAUUACAAUUCGCCCGCCAUUCAUUAUCCUCUCCCCCAAACACCAGUUCAAACACCAUCUUCUUCCGCUCUUGCCAACAAUACUGGUAUAACGACAAAUGCUGCGAGUCACGGAUGCGUGAUAAUUAUUAUGAAAGCAGACAUCGAUUUGGAAAAACUGUUGUCCGUUAUUCAAUGA